AUGACCAGCACUGACAAAUGCCCUCUGAUUCCUCUGCAGGAGCUGAUUGAUCUCAAGAUGCUUCAGUGCAAGAGAGUUGUUAAUGAGGUGCUGAGCACAGUGGACUUUGUUGCUCCUGAUGACCGAGUAGUCUUCCGCACCUGCAAAAGAGAACAGAGCAGGGUUGUCUUCCAGAUGGGGACUUCAGAUGCAGAGCGAGCCCUUGCUGUGGCCAGACUUGUGGAAAAUGAUGUGGCUGGGAUUGAUGUCAACAUGGGCUGCCCAAAAGAGUAUUCCACCAAGGGGGGAAUGGGAGCUGCUCUGCUGUCAGACCCUGACAAGAUUGAGAAGAUCCUCAGCACUCUUGUUAAAGGGACUCGCAGACCUGUGACCUGCAAGAUUCGCAUCCUGCCCUCGCUGGAAGAUACCCUGAGCCUUGUGAAGCGGAUAGAAAGGACUGGCAUUGCUGCCGUUGCAGUUCAUGGGAGAAAGCGGGAAGAAAGACCUCAGCACCCUGUAAGCUGUGAAGCCAUCAGAGCCAUUGCUGAAACCCUCUCCAUUCCUGUCAUAGCCAACGGAGGAUCUCAUGACCACAUCCAAGAAUAUUUGGACAUAGAGGACUUUCGACAAGCCACAGCAGCCUCUUCAGUGAUGGUGGCCCGAGCCGCCAUGUGGAACCCAUCCAUCUUCCUCAAGGAGGGUCUGCGACCCCUGGAGGAGGUCAUGCAGAAGUAUAUCCGAUAUGCUGUGCAGUAUGAAAACCACUACACCAACACCAAGUAUUGCUUGUGCCAGAUGCUACGAGAACAGUUGGAGUCGCCCCAGGGAAGGUUGCUCCAUGCCGCCCAGUCUUCCCAGGAAAUUUGUGAGGCCUUUGGCCUUGGUGCCUUUUACGAGGAGAUGACACAAGAGCUGAAUGCCCGGCGGGCUGAGUUCUUAGCCAGGACCCCAGAGGCAGCGGGGGAACCAGCUGAAGACACCUCUGGUAUCAUUAAGAUGGCUGUGAAGUUUGACCGGAGGGCAUACUCACCCCAGAUCACCCCCAAGAUGUGCCUGCUGGAGUGGUGCCGGAGGGAGAAGUUGGCGCAGCCUGUGUAUGACACGGUUCAGCGCCCCCUGGAUCGCCUCUUCUGCUCUGUUGUGACUGUUGCUGAGCAAAAGUACCAGUCCACCUUGUGGGACAAGUCUAAGAAAUUGGCAGAGCAGGCUGCGGCCAUCGUCUGUCUGCGGAGCCGGGGCCUCCCUGAAGGUCGGCUGGGUGAAGAGAGCCCCUCCUUGCACAAGCGCAAGCGGGAAGCCCCUGACCAAGAUCCUGGGGGUCCCAGAGCUCAGGAGCCAGCAGUGCCUGGGAAGCUGUGCAAGAAGCCCUUUGUGGCCUUGGGAAGUGGUGAAGAGAGCCCCCUGGAAGGCUGGUGA